AACGACCUAGUCCUAAGGAUAACGUCAUGUAUCAUGGCAGCUCAGAUACAUUUGAGAAAAAAUUGUUUGAUAACAUUUUUUUACUUGAUUGUGUAUAAAUACGAGCUUAAAAUUCGUUAACUCCUGGUUAAUUCCUUAACCAAGCAAAUAGAGUACCUACAGAGGUAAUACAGAAUCAGAUGAGUUGGUAAAGGUCGAGGCUAUGUAAGAGGAGAUGUUAAUAGAUAGUGCUGUUAACUCAAAGGUGAAUACAAGAAACUACACGAAAAUACCUAGACGCUACAUCGCGGGGAAUCACAGAGUAUUCGGUGGUUAUUGCAAUAUCUUCUAUACAAGGCAUAAUGGUCAGAACUAUGGAUCGUUACGCAGAACUGAGAAAGCAUUUUUUGGACGUGGCUAACUGCUACAUAAAUCAAAGUGAUCUAGAUGAACUGAAACAUUUUUAUGCAGAUGUGAUUGAUUCUGUAAGAACUUCAGAAUAUAUUGAGAACAUUGAAUAUUUGAUUUUAAUUCUUGAAAAAAGAGGUCUUAUUCGAUUUGAUAAUAUAACACCAUUGAAAGAUAUUGCCAAACAUUAUUUCAAUGGUUUGCCAAUCAAUAAUGAUUUAGACAGAUAUGAAAGCGACUUGCGAAACUACACCUCUCAGUAUUCACCGAAAACUAAUUUGUACCGGCACUCAAAUGGUAAGUGUUCUUUGAUCCCAAAUACAGACUACAAGCAGACUCCAUUUCAAAAUUCAUUAAAUAAAUUGUUUUGUCAUCAUUCAAACUUAUAUUAUCAUGCCAAGCAUAAGGUAGCCUACGAAUCUCAUCUGCAAAAAAUAAAGGACAAUAAUCUGAGUAACAGUGAACUAUCAAUUAACAAGAAAAGUGGUUUUAACGAGACUAGUACUUUUGUUUCAAAUUGCGUUAAUCAUAAGAUAAAUUAUAACAUUCAUAAGAAGUGUAUUAUGUCGUCCGUAAAGUGCAGAAUUAAUAAGAACAAGAAACAAGUAUCAGAACCAAACUUAAUUUUCAACGUGCCAGAAAUUUCUCCUUUAAAUUCACAGAGCAGCCAAAGUAAUAGUUCCAUAAAUAUAUCUAUUGGACAAAAUUCAUCAACUGAAGAUUUUGACAAGAUUGAUGCUGAUCCUCAAGAUACACCUCUGAUAUUAACACCUCAAUGUCUUUCACCUCAGACCAUCUGUCCCUCUCAAAUUGUCAAUACGCAAUUUCAUUGCUCUUUCGCUCAAUUACAUCCCCAAAAGACUAAAAAUACCAAAGAUUGUGCUACAAAAUUAUUUGCACACAAAUGCAUUAGCAUAUCCUUAUAUUUUGUGCUACUGGCUGUUAUUUUAUCAUCAUUACUUAUUGGGUAUGAUUUCUUGCAAAAUCCAGUGCAAUAUAAUCCUCAAGCAUCUGCUCCGUCUUUUCAAGAGGUUUUUUCUGGAUACCCUACAACACCCAACCAUCCAAAAAGUGCCUAUCCAUCAUGGGUGAAUUCAAAGACUGUAAUUGGAACACCGGAACAACCUACUUUGCAAGGAUUUCAGACAACGUUUCCUGUUUCUAAUGCAGCUGCUCCACCCGUAACCUCUUAUCCAGUGAUGCAAGGACUUUCUGAACAGGAAAAGGCAAUUCAAAGCAUGGUUUUCCUUAGAGUGAGUGAUAGAUUAGGAAGAUAUUGGAGAGAUGUAGCCAGAUAUCUUAAUGUCAAAGAGUCUGACAUCGACAAAAUAGAGGCACAGUAUAACACGGAUCUCAAAGAGAAGGCCCAUGCAGCUCUCAAAAUAUUUGCUGCGGAGAGUGACACCAAUUCUUGGCAGAAGAACUUGAAGAUUGCUUUAGAACAAGCACGACGCAAAGAUCUCAAGGAACUUGUUGAAGACUUAUUAUUUUAAGAAUAUCAAGAAUGAUAUAGGCAGAAUGUUGAAUUUUAUUGUUCAACGACAUGUCAUUUGUUUAAAGGUACGCAAUAAACCAUGGAAUUUACUCAUUAUUUUGCUUUGUUAAUUAUAUAAUAUUAUUACUAUGUUAAUAAAAUAUUGAAUUUUUA